GCCCUUAGUGUUUUUUAAAAUAGUAGUUUAGAAAAGUUGAUUAAAAGUUGAUUGCAGGUUAUGAACAAGGAAAUAGUGAAGAGGUGGAUGUUGAGGAAGUUCCGUACACAGACCACGAAAGCAGUAUGGAGAAACCGGAAGUCUGUUGAAUAAGCAGAUAUGCAGCAGCAGAGGCCUGGCAGUUUUAAGACAAAGACCUGUCUCGCCAAGGUUUCAGUUUUCCCCCAGGGGGACUCUGGAUAAAGGUCACUAAGAGGGUCACUGCAGAGUGAGAGUCCAUGCUGUGAAGGGGAUUGGAAAAGAUAAGGAGCAGGUGCAGGAAGAACUGGGAACAGUACAGAUUAUAAGAGAAAAUAGUAUCUCUCUCAGUGAAAUUGAAUUGCCUUGCUCAGAAGAUUUGAAUUUGGAAACUUUGUCGCAAGCACACGUGUACAUAAUUGCAGGAGCCUGUUUGUCUCUGGGUUUUUGAUUUGCUGGCUCAGAAAAUUUAUCAGCAUUUAACUGUUUGCAUAAAUUUGCAAAAGAUUUUAUGACUUACUUGUCUGCACCUAAUGCUUCUGUUACAGGUCCUUACAACCUAGAAACCUGCCUCAGUGUGGUACUGCUGUCUCUGGCCAUGGUAAUGGCCGGCUCGGGGAACCUAAAGGUUUUGCAGCUUUGUCGCUUCUUGCACAUGAAAACGGGUGGUGAAAUGAACUAUGGUUUUCACUUAGCCCAUCACAUGGCCCUUGGACUUCUGUUUUUGGGAGGGGGAAGGUACUCUUUGAGCACAUCAAACUCUUCCAUUGCUGCUCUUCUCUGUGCCCUGUACCCGCACUUCCCAGCUCACAGCACUGACAACCGGUAUCAUCUCCAGGCUCUCCGGCACCUCUAUGUGCUAGCUGCAGAACCAAGGCUUCUAGUGCCUGUGGAUGUGGACACAAACAUGCCCUGUUAUGCUCUCUUGGAAGUUACUUACAAGGGCACUCAGUGGUAUGAACAGACCAAAGAAGAAUUGAUGGCUCCUACCCUUCUCCCAGAACUCCACCUUUUAAAGCAGGUUAAAGUUAAAGGUCCAAGAUACUGGGAACUGCUCAUCGAUUUAAGCAAGGGAACACAACACUUGAAGUCCAUCCUCUCCAAGGAUGGAGUUUUAUAUGUUAAACUCAGAGCAGGUCAGCUCUCUUACAAAGAAGAUCCAAUGGGGUGGCAAAGUUUGUUGGCACAGACUGUUACUAAUAGAAACUCUGAAGCCCGGGCUUUCAAGCCAGAAACAAUUUCAGCAUUCACUUCUGAGCCGGCACUUGUGUCAUUUGCUGAAUAUUUCUGCAAGCCAACAGUGAACAUGGGUCAGAAACAGGAAAUUCUGGAUCUGUUUUCUUCAGUACUCUAUGAAUGCGUUACUCAGGAGACCCCAGAGAUGUUGCCUGCAUAUAUAGCAAUGGAUCAGGCUAUAAGAAGACUUGGAAGAAGAGAAAUGUCUGAGACUUCUGAACUUUGGCAGAUAAAACUGGUGUUAGAGUUUUUCAGCUCCCGAAGCCAUCAGGAGCGGCUGCAGAAUCACCCUAAGCGAGGGCUCUUUAUGAACUCUGAGUUCCUCCCUGUUGUGAAGUGCACUAUUGAUAAUACCCUGGACCAGUGGCUACAAGCUGGGGGCGAUGUGUGUGUGCAUGCCUACCUCAGUGGGCAGGCCUUUGAGGAGUCUCAGCUGAGCAUGCUGGCCUGCUUCCUUGUUUACCACUCUGUGCCCGCUCCACGGCACCUGACGUCUGUACGACUAGAAGGGAGCACAAGCUUUGCUGAACUACUCUUCAAAUUUAAACAGCUGAAAAUGCCAGUGCGGGCUUUGCUGAGAUUAGCUCCUUUGCUUCUUGGAAAUCCACAGCCAAUGGUGAUGUGACCAUGUCUGGACUUACUGUGAAAUGUGACUUCCGCAGAAAAACAUGACCAAACAUCAAAACUAAAGCAACAUUUAUAAGUUUUAUAACUAGGAGAAAAUGAGCUGUAUACACCUUAACGUAUUUUAAAAUCUCUGUGUUUUAAAUAUUCCAGAAAAUCUGUUGCUGUCAACAUGAACAUUGUAUGAUAUAUAAAAGUGAGUUAAAAUUUGCUUUUGUAAAUAAAGCGUUUCGGUUUGUUUUCAGAGCUCUUGAUGAUUUGCUUUAGUUUUGGACUUCAGAGAAUAGAAUGCUUGGGGCUGGGAUAGAUACUGAUUUUUAAAAUCUGCGUGGUGGUACAGAUGAAGUGAGUGUGCUCAGAAACAAAGUUUUAAAAGCAACCAUGUCACAAACUUUUACUUUGUUGGCAACAAAAGAACUUCUGGCAUUUCCUGGGAUGUCAGCAGUUGUCCUAUCUAAAGUAAGCUUGUUUGUACUCCCUGUGACUGUGCCAGCCAUUCUCAUGAUGUGGUCACCUUAAGAAGAAAAUUAGAUCCCAGUGAGCAGUUACUCAGCAUGAAGUGCUAUGGACUCAGUUAUGUCCUCCCCAAAUUAUAUGUUGAAGCCCUAAACCCAGGGUGACUGUGCUUGGAGACAAGGCUUUUAGGAGGUAAUUUAGGUUAAAUGAGGUCAAAUGGUGAGGCCUUAAUAGAAUCGGUGGCCUUAAAAGCAGAAGAAGACAGAAACGUGUUUCUCUCUCUCUUCUCUGUGUGGGAAGGGAAGGUGGCUGUCUGCAAGCCAGGAAGAGAGCUCUCAAGGAGCCAGAUUGGCCAGUACUUGGGUCCUUCCAGCCUGCAGACUGAGAAAGAGAUUUCUGUUAGUCCACCCAGUCUGUGGUAUUUUGUUAUGGCAGCCUAAGUACACUAGUCAUGAAGCUUGUUCUAAAUAGAUAAAACAUGAAAUUUCUAUACAGAGGUCUUCAGAAGUUACGUUUAAAGAUAAUGAAAAAAAUCCAUUUCAGCCAAGAUUUAGAAAAUACAUGUCUGUGCCAAGGAAGGGUUUCUACACCAUGAUGAAAGACACUCAUGAAGAUGCCUCCAGCUUCAAGUUGCCGGUAUAGGAGGAGGAAUGCUCCUUGCUGUCCAGAUUCUGACAUGUCUCUGCUUCCUCGAGGCCAGUGGGACCAUGAGCUGAUAGGAGCUACCAAAUUUUCAUUUUUAUUCAUCGAUUUUUACAUUUCUUCUACAUCCUGAACUGUGGUAUGUAACUUUAAAAGUCAAGCAAAAGAAAUGUUUCCCUUGAGCUUUUCCCAGAACCCCACAUGGUAUUUGCCUUUGUGGAGGGGACUUGCAUGUAGAAGACAUGUCCCCAGAGGCAGAGUGGCUCUGUCUAGGCACAAUGUUCCAUCUGUGUGCCUGCCCAGACUUAGCCUUUGCUCCUUCCUGGAUGUAAAGCAGAGGCAAGAUGUGGCUACCUGGGAGUGUGCAUUGUGCUUCCCUUUACGUUUUUCUUCUAAUUAAAAAUUUAAAAUUAUUUAAAUGGCAGGUUAUAAAAAGUCCAUUUGAAUCAAUAUUUAAAGAACUCGAUAUCCAGUUCAAGAUACCCAGAACUUGAUAUCUUCAGUCUCAAUCAUUAAUGUUUGAUUUCUUUUCCCUGAAUAGAGAAUGACUGGAGAGAUUUAGUUAUUUGCACACAUGUUCUCAGGUGAGGGAGAACAAUCUUUAGAGUGUUGUCAACAAAAACAUCAGGCUUUGAAAGAGAGGGGCAGAAUGAAAGACUGCAGAUGGUUUGGAAACAGCACUCAGGGCCUACUGAUCAGCUGGCAGGGAGCAGUGGGGAAAGUGGGCACUGCCCUGAGCAGGCUUGCUAGGACCAUCAGAGAAAUCAAUUCCAGGUACAUCAGGGCUCUCCAAAACCUGAGGGUGUAGCUCUCACCUUCCAGAGCAUUCAGCCUCCUCAGAGCCAUGGCAUGAGAAGAGCUGGGGAAACCUCUAGUUGUCAAGUGUUUAGACCAGAAGUGGGACACACCACGUCCUGUUCAAGCCCACCGGUCAGAAGUAGUCCCACUGCCCCACCUCAGUGCCCAGGACCGAGAGGAGAGGCAGAUGCUGCUGAGGACCAGUAAUGUCUGUUAGAGUGAAGUGCCUAACCUAAUAAUUCCUUCUGUCCACAUCUUUCCUUGCACAGAAAUAUGUAUCCUUGUUUUCGUAGGCAAAUGUAAUUAAAUAAACUGUACAAGUA